AUGGCGGAGGUUGUCUCCAAGGUGCAGGAGUGGCGGGAGGAGGGAGGGCAAGGCGGAGAUCGUGUUUGGGGUGCUGUUCUGUUCAUCGCUGAGGACGGCAAGGCGGGGAUUGUUCCAGGGGUGCUAUUCAUUGACGAGGUGAGUUGGGUGUGCAGGGCAUGUGACGACCGCAACGACGAUGGUGAUGACCUCCCCUCCUCUCUUGAAACCUUCCCACCGUUUUCCAUCUCUUCUGCUCCCUUCUUCUCCCCUCCACCCCUCCAACCCCCUCCAUCCCCUUUCACCCGCCUCCGCCCCUCGCCACCCUUCUCCACCACUCUCCGCCGCUCCCCCCUCCUUCAGGUGCAUAUGCUGGACAUCAAGUGCUUCUCCUUCCUCAACAGAGUUCUCGAGAACGAGAUGGUGCCCAUACUGGUGCAUAUACUCGAUAUUGAGUGCUUCUCCUUCCUCAACAGAGCCCUGGAAAACGAGAUGGCGCCCAUACUCGUCGUGGCUACCACCAAUCGGGGCAUCACCACAUGUCAUCCUGCUGGAUUUCCUCUACCGCCUGCUUAUAAUCAGCACCGAGUGACAUGCCGCCACAUGGCAUUCUGCUGGAUUUCCUCGACCGCCUGCUCGUCAUCAGCACCGAGAAGACUUAAGGAUGGGGUUACCAAGGAGAUCGUCAAGAUCCUUCCAUCCCUGCCCCAUACCCGCCCCAUCCCCGCCCCGUCCCCACCCCAUCCCCGCCCCAUCCCCGCCCCAUCCCCGCCCCGUCCCCGCCCCAUCCCCGCCCCGUCCUCGCCCCAUUCCUACCCCAUCCGCAUCCCAGCCAUACAAGGGGGAGGAGAACAAGGGAGAUCAUUCUGA